GAAGCUUCUUCACCUUAGCUCUAGUCGCUGUUGUUCCUGCUGCCGAACUGAACGUCGACCAGUGAAUACAUUAGUGGCUGACAUGCAGUAGAAUCUGAGCGCAUUUUGCAGCAGCACUCAGGACUGGCGUGCUUCUCCUCCAGCUGCGACGUGAAUAGAGAUCAGAGGCGCAAAACAGCAGGAGAGGAGUGACGACAUCGGGAUGUUGGAUGCUUCUUACGCAUUGAUGCUGAGUUUUGAGAGAGGCGCGCGCUUGAGCUUUCGCACACUUUAGAGGCGACGAGAACGACGACAUUGUGGACAAAAAGAAGUUCACUGUGGAAGGAUUCAGGAUGAUCUUACGAAGUAUAAACCGAGCGGGGCCGGUCCCUGCCUUCCUCAGGAGCCCAGCCGUCAUCCCGCCAUCCCCACUUGACAUGAAGCCCUUCCUACAAUUCCCCCUGGAGUCACCACACCCUGCAACUCUGGGUCUCUUUCACAACUUUAAUACAAUGGACCCCGUCCAGAAGGCCGUAAUGACGCACACCUUCGGGCAUCCCAUGGUGAAGACAAAGCGUCCCAUCAUCUCCUGCAAUGUCUGUCAAAUACGUUUCAACUCGAAGAGCCAAGCAGAGGCUCACUAUAAGGGCAACCGGCACGCUCGGAGAGUUAAGGGCAUUGAGACGUCCAAGACACCUCGUCUUCAAGAUGGCGACAAGCAGCACCCUCCCCCCACAACUUCGCCCUCCCCGUCACGCCCCUCGCCAUCCAACCUGGAUCCUGAUCCAAAUAAGCAGGACGAUACGCAAUCCUGUCCCAACUCUGAGUCACCUUUGACCCCGAACCAAAUCACAACACCCACAGUGAGCUCAGCGGAAGCAGAGGGUCCCUUCUUGGCGUCUGCGGGCGCACCUUUGCCGUCCUCCCCCUUACCGGCAGCCAUCGUCAGCACGUCGCCCGCAGACUCAGCGGGGGCAGUCGUUCCCGACACCCCGUCUCCAGCUCCCAGCCCUCCCUCUGGAGAGUCUGAGGAAGAGAAAGCCAAGAAGCUUCUCUACUGCUCCUUAUGUAAAAUUGCAGUGAAUUCCCUCUCACAGCUGGAGGCCCAUAACAAGGGUACAAAACACAAAACAAUCCUGGAGGCACGGAGUGGACUGGGGCCCAUUAAGGCCUACCCACGUCUAAGUCUGAGAGGCAGCCCCGAGCAGGGCGGUGAGCUGUCAUCUGACCCCAACACUCAGGAACGAACCUUCCACUGUGAGAUCUGCAAUGUCAGAGUCAACUCUGAGCUGCAGCUUAAACAGCAUAUUUCCAGCCGUAGACAUCGAGAUGGAGUUGCGGGGAAACCCAAUCCUCUACUUAGUCGCCAUAAGAAGCGUGCGGACUUCAUGGAACUUCCCAAAACCCUACGGGCAGGACUUUUACCAAAUCCUCUGGCUGUUGCGGCAGCCAUAGCCGCUGCAGCAUCCUCAAAUCAGCUGGCACUGCGCCCUCCUGGCCCCCCGACCCACGCGCACGCCCAUCACCACCUGCUACAGGGGGCACCCCUCAGCCUGCUGAGGCCCGCUCCGGGGCCCAUUCGCACUACACACGGGCCAAUCCUCUUCACGCCGUACUAAUAGCGUGAGCGUAAGGAGGAGUCAGGAAGAAGCACACUGUGACUCGGAGAGCCAAACCAAGGUGGUGUUUCAUCAUAACUUAACUCAUUCACUGCCAGCCUUCCCAGUUAACAUGGAUAUUUGACUUCUAAAGCCGUCAAUGGCAGUGAAUGUGUUAAACUUGUGACUGACUGAAUGGUGCAUACUGUAGUUGCAGACUGCUGCUGCUGUUAUGCUAACAGGGAGAACCAGAGGUAUCCGACAACUCGAAGACAUUUUAAAGAGCAGCGUACAUUUUCAUCUUUCCGAUUUGCCCUGCAUCGAUAAAAUACCAACUAAUUACCGGUAAUAACCCUGCAAAGAUGAGGACGUGGACUGUUAAAUGGACUUCCACUUUGCAACUGGCUUAACCGCUGUAUUUCAAACCCUACCUCUUCAACAAUUUGAAUCUUCUCCACAUCUGAUGCAUCAUUUUCAUAAGAAAAAAAGAAGCCCGUUGGGUUCUAUAUUGUGGUCUCCUCUGAUGUUAGCUGUUAGCAAUCACUGUGUAAUGGGUCCCCCACUUUUUGUGGUAAAUGAAUUUGUGUUGCUGGUGGAGUCUCCUGAAAAUUUCUGUACUGUAUGUUUAGAUCUUCCCAGCUCGCUUAGGGGGUCUGUACUUACCUCUGUGGGACACAAACAGGGGGUAAAAGAGGAACAGAGUAUACAUUACGUCUUAAAGAAGAUAGUCAAUGAAGCACCUUAACCAUGUGAAUGGGAUGGCAAACUUGUAUUUGUGAAGAAGUACUAUGCAGCUAUCAGUGUUUAUAUUCGUGGUCUGAUUAGAUGUUGAAGUUGGAGAAAAGAAAAACAAGAUAAAAGAACAUCAGGGAAGACGAAGCAAGUAUCUUUAGGUUUAGGUCUACAUGUUAAUUGUCAGAUAAAACCGCAAAUUUGAUUCCCCAGAUUUUCCCUGGUCACGUGUACUAGAAAGUGUGACUAGGCACUGGGGUAAACGUCUGCAUGUAAGUGAUUUUGAAUGCAUUUAAAUGCUUUAAUUUAUGUUUCACUGCACAAAAACAGAAAAGUUCCAGUAUCUCAGAGAAAGACUUUCAACACUGUGAGCACAGCAAGACAAUGAGUAAUAUAGUAGCAGCUAUUUGCAAUAUGGGCAUAUUCAGCUCACAAACACAUACACAUAUUCAAUGCAAAAGAAAAUAAUUAGGUGCAUAUUAUAAUAAUAAUAUGUUCUAAUAAUAUAAAACGUAUACAUACAGUAUACAUACAAUAUAUGAGAAACAUAAGCGCACACACACAGACAUGAGCAGCAAAAACAUCCUUUUUGAUAGCUUUGCAGGUGUGCGGUAGGGUAAAGCAAUGGUUUGUUUGCUCUGCUUUGUGACCCAACAUGACCUUGGAGAAUCUCGAUGAAAACUGUCACGGCAGAAUGUCACACAAUAGUGAGAAACUUCAGCAAACCGAAACUGUAGCAAUACUUUCUGCUCUCCUACUUUUUAUGUGAAAUGCAAGAAACGCAAUACAAAAAAAUAUAUAUUGCGUCAAAGGAUAUAUUCAUAGUUUUUAGGAGUGAUGUGUAGAAACAUUACGGUACAUGUAAAUUAUUUUAAAAAAUGACAAAUGGAAAAUGUGGGGGCUUCCAAAUUGUUAAAUUCUAAUAGAAUUGU